AUGGCCACACAACGUUGGGCGCUCUUUCUUAUCCUUGUGCUGGGACUGUACGGUCUCUACAGCGUGUCCUUGCUGGAUGCUGGGGGUUCAGCCUUGUCGGAAGAGACGGGAGAUGCAAAAAGGACUUUGGAUCUCGAAGACCAGCUUGAGGCCGAUCUGGAGGCUAAGCAAGAGUCGGAGCUGGUCCCGGCACUGCCGGUUUCAGACUUUGAUGCGAAGCAGGACGAGCCAUCGCAGACGGUGCAGGACUUAGAGGACCAACCGGAAGAGAAGCCCGACAUUGAGGAAAUUGAGGAGUAUCAGAAGGAGGAGCAAGAUCCCGUACCCUCCAAGCUGGAGACCACGUCCCUUGCUUGCGCCGGCCCUGUGAUUCCACCAAGUCUUCCCGUCCAAGCGGCGGCAGAACUGAAGUCCAAGAUCUGGACAGCAACGCGGGAAUGGGGGUAUGACCAGCAAGCUUACAGCUACCGACCCUUCAAAGGUCUCCAUCUUCUGGACAUUGGGAUGGGGCAAGGGCCGAUGGGCGUAGUCGCCGUACAUGUUGGCGUCAAGUCUUACAAAGGGAUGGAUCCAGCUCUGUGCAUCAAUCACCAUGCUCUGACACGAGACAAACGAGUUGGUCGAGCUCCCAACCCCAUCGAGUGUCAAAUGCUCAAAGAUUCUGAGGCUUGCGAAGGGAAAGGCGAGAAGUGUGAAAUGUUCCAGAGGUGCAGUCAUCUCAUGUUCAAGAAAUAUCGGGAGUUCCCCUUCACCGGCAUUGAGAUGAUGCAAGCCUUUUCAGGCCAGAUUGUGUUGUUGCCUGGUACGUUUGCAACGCUGCGGCCCACCGGACUGAUCAAGCCUGGCAGCUUCGAUGUUGCUACGCUCUGGCUGGUGACCGAGCACUUGCCGGACAACCGGCAGGUCAUCGAGGGCAUCUUUGAGUGGACGGAGCCGGGGCAGCUGCUCGCCCUGAAGCAUCAUAACUAUUACGGCUUUGACGGCCAUCACCAGAAACCCCGCUACCCAGAGGAUCACAACACCAAGAACAUCGCGGAAAAUGGUGUAGUGUUCUGGAAGCAUUUGGAGCCGUCCAGCUGGGUGUUUAACUACACCAACACCAAUCGCAUCCGCUUAGGCGAUCUGAUUGCCCUCGUUGAUGUAUAUUUUGAGUGUGCAUGGCGUGCAACUUUCGUUGCAAGCUGGGAGCGGGCUCUCUUAUCGAGACCAGAGCUGCUUCGAGCCUUGGAGAAGCGGGGCUUCCAGCAGAAUGAAUUGCUGAUAAACAAGUGGACCAUCGCGUGCGCCCGUCGCAAACAGCCCAAAGACGCAAAGCAGUGGCUAGACACUCGCAUCUGGCUACAUCCAGCCACUGAUGGCUCUUACACUCCACGGCCUUUGCCAAAGAAGCUGAGCAAAAGGACGCCGAAGCCGACUGGUGCACCCACGGCUGUGGUGGAGUUCGUCCCUUCGGGGCGAAGCAACCUGAAGAGGUAUCUCGUGGGGUGA